UCCACUUGCAUCAAUAGAGACAUACAUGGUCACUUACUUUCAGGCAAAACUAUAAUGCUUACGUUUAUGAGGCAGAGCACCUAUAAUGUACCCUUUGCUUUUACAUAUGUGUGGGACUUCAUCUUGGUGAAAGGCUUUGGCCUAGGCAGGGGACCACAGACUCAUCAAGCAGUACAUGUAUAUUUAUAUAUAUAUAUAUAAAUAUAUAUAUGUGUGUGUGUAAAGGCAAGUGGAUUGGAAAACACUUUAUCGAGUGGUCAAUUCGUAUAAUUCUUCGGAUCUCCAUUUGAUAACAUGACAUCAUUUACAUUCACCAAUAUAGUUCAUGCAUGGUAACUAUAUAUAUACAUACAUAUCAAUCAAAAUGUGUACAAAAGCGUUAGUUGUGCAUGGGGCAAACAUUAAUAUACAAUACAUUAAUACAUUUAUCAUAUAUACCCACCUCAUGAUAAGGAACACCGAAGCUUUGCGGAUUCAAAUUCAGUAGGACCCUGAUUCAGUCAUUGCCACAAGUAAAGAUCAGAAGCUGCUAUAUUUUGUAUCAGUGUAAUCGUACAGUUCAUAAAAUCUAGUGAUUAGUGCCAUUUUUGAUAAAAUCGAUAUUCUUUAUAUAUACUUAUAUUUUAUAUAUAUAUAUAUAUGCAUCGUCAUCCUUUUUCAGUGUUCACGUGACUCUGAGCUUGCAGCCCGACAGCUAUUCUCUUUGUUUUCUCACGUCCCUUUGUCACGUACUGCUUGCUUCUUCACCGUUCUCUCUCUCUCUCUAAAUAGUUUUGCAAGUAACCAAACAAAUCCGAUUUCGUAAUCAGACAUCAUGGUCGCCAUCGUCAUGCUUCUUCUGUAAUAAAGCCACUGCAGAAAAUGCUCCCCAGAAACAUACCCGUCUCUGGGUUUCUUCUUCUCCUCACUCUCUCCGCCAUUGUUGCAGCUUCCUCGAACCGAUCACGUGUCGUGCUUCACCGCGACGCUUCAGCUCUCUUGCUGUUCAGAUCCGAAGCCGACUUGUGGAACAACAAGCUCGGUUACUUGAGCAACACGAGCUCCAAGUUCUGUCAAUGGUGGGGUGUCACAUGCUACGGCAACAGAGUCGUGCGUCUCGUCGUCGAAGAUCUCUUCCUCGGUGGCCGACUUGCUCCCGACUCAGUGAGUCGACUCGACCAGCUCCGAGUCCUCAGCCUCCGAAACAACUCGCUCACUGGACCCGUCCCUGAUUUCUCCGGUUUGGUUAACCUCAAGUCUCUGUUCCUCGAUCACAACCACUUCUCCGGUUCGUUUCCGGUUUCGGUUCUCUCGCUCCACCGGCUAAGGACUGUUGACUUGUCUUUCAACAACCUCACCGGUCCGAUCCCUUCCGGUUUAGCGUUUCUCGACCGGUUAACAUCCCUCCGUCUCGAAUCAAACCGGUUUAACGGAACCGUACCCGCUCUAAACCAGUCCUCGCUUCAAUCGUUCAACGUCUCGGCUAACAACUUAACCGGCGCUGUACCGGUAACCGCCAUUCUCCACCGGUUCGGCGUUUUUUCAUUUCUGCGAAACCCUAACCUCUGCGGCGAGAUCGUGCACAAGGAAUGCCACCCACGGCCCAAAUUCUUCGGCGAACCGGCAGAGAUUGCGGCGGCGCCACCGCCGUCGAUGGUGCUCGGAGAGAGCGCGCAGAUCCGAGGCGUUGGGUUGACUCGGCCGAGUCACAGCAAGCACACGAGAAUCGCCGUAAUCCUAGGGUUUCUCUCCGGCGGGUUGAUCCUCUUUGUCACGGUCGCGUGCCUCAUCGCCGCCGUGAAGCGGCGGGGGGAUGAGAGGCGGGCGGUGGUGGCGCUGGACGCGGCGGAGACGGCGGAGGUGGCGGCGGCGAUACAGAUGGAGCAAGAGAGCGAGCUGGAGGAGAAGGUGAAGAAGAUUCAGGCGGCGAAGAGUGGGAGCUUAGUAUUCUGUGCGGGUGAGGUGCACCAUUACUCGAUGGACCAGCUAAUGACUGCGUCUGCUGAGUUGUUGGGGAAAGGGACAGUGGGGACCACAUACAAGGCGGUGCUUGACAACCGUUUAGGGAAAGAGAAGUUUGUGCGUCACAUGGAAUCAGUCGGUGCGCUGAGACACCCUAACCUGGUCCCACUCAGAGCUUAUUUCCAGGCUAAGGAAGAGAGGCUGUUGAUCUACGAUUAUCUGCCAAAUGGCAGCCUCUCAUCGCUCGUCCACGGUACAAAAUCGACGAGGGCAAAGCCAUUGCACUGGACUUCAUGCCUGAAAAUAGCAGAGGAUGUGGCUCAGGGCCUCUCCUACAUUCACCAAGCGUGGAGACUCGUCCAUGGUAACCUAAAAUCCUCCAAUGUCCUUCUCGGCCCCGACUUCGAGGCCUGUGUCGCCGACUACUGCCUCGUCCCACUCGCCACGAACCCUCCUCUCUCCGGGGAUGAAAAUGACGCGGAUUCCGUCGCGUAUAAAGCACCCGAAACCCGGCGUGGAUCGAGCGCUCAGUCGGGGAAAGCGGACGUUUACUCGUUCGGGGUUCUGCUUCUGGAGCUUCUGACCGGGAAACAGCCUGCGAAGCUGCCCGUUUUGGCCGUGGAUGAGAUGGUGGAAUGGGUGAGAUCGGUGAGGGAGGACGGUCUCAGCAACGGCGGCGGUGGCGGAGGAGAAGAGGAUAAGGAUAAGUUCGGGAUGCUGACGGAAGUGGCGGUGGCAUGCAGUUCGGGAUCGCAGGAACAGCGGCCGACGAUGUGGCAAGUGCUGAAGAUGUUGCAGGAGAUCAAAGAGGUCGUGGUGAUGGAAGACAGCGAACUGGAACUGGAACUGGCCGUGGAUUCUUGCCAUUCUGGAAACUCGUAGGUCUGAUCAGUUCUUCGUUUCUGCGUUCGUUAUUAACCGAUAUAUCUCGUGUCUUUCUAACAGCCUAAAAAUCCGUAAUCGAAAGGAAAUAUGUUUUGUAUUUAGUUUGAUCUCAAGAAACUAUCAAAUCAUAACCCAAAAAUCUAUGUUUCAUUUUACAUGUCUUAAUCAUAUCAGGCAGUUGAGAUCU